AUGGCGACGAUGGCAGAGAGGAGAGAUACGGAUCGGAUCAAGGGUCCAUGGAGUCCGGAGGAAGAUGAACUGUUGCAGAGGCUGGUGCAAAAGCAUGGCCCGAGAAAUUGGUCUCUGAUCAGCAAAUCGAUUCCGGGUCGAUCCGGGAAGUCGUGCAGGCUCCGAUGGUGCAACCAGCUCUCGCCGCAGGUGGAACACAGAGCGUUUACACAAGAAGAAGACGAGAUGAUCAUACGGGCCCACGCGAAGUUCGGCAACAAGUGGGCCACCAUAGCCCGAUUGCUCGCGGGUCGGACUGAUAACGCUAUCAAGAACCAUUGGAACUCCACUCUCAAGCGGAAGUGCUCUUCCAUGUCCGAUGACUCGGUUUUCGUCGACGUUCAGCCUUUGAAAAGAUCUGCGAGUGUUGGGUCGGGUACGAUAAUUUCCGGUUUGUAUAUCAACCCGAGUAGCCCAUCAGGAUCCGAAUUGAGCGAUUCGAGUCUUUCGGGUCUUCCUUCACCGCAUGUGUAUAGACCUGUUGCCAGAACCGGCGGCGUAAAUACUCCACCUGUUCAGCCGGUGGAAACAGCGUCAUCGGGAUCCGACCCGACUACGUCUCUGAGUCUGUCCUUGCCCGGAUCCGUUUCGUCUGAGGGAUCUAACAAAAUAUUCGGAUCUAAUUUUAUAACUCACCCGACUCAGGUGAUGCAAAAUAACCCAGAGCCACAACCUGAAUCGGUUGCCCAGGUGGCUCCACCACCACCACCACCUCCUCCGCCUCCACCACCGUCUCACAGCAGUCCAAACUAUGACUUUGGGUCAAUUGGUGUUCCUCCGCCGCCGCCACCACAAGCAGGUGAAAAACAGUUCUUUAGCCCAGAAUUCUUGGAUGUUAUGCAAGAGAUGAUCAGGAAAGAAGUGAGGAGCUACAUGUCUGGGAUUGAACAGAAUGGGAUUUGUAUGCAGACUGAAGCCAUUAGGAAUGCGGUGGUGAAGCGUAUUGGCAUUAGUAAGAUCGACUAG